AUGGAGCUCACGUUCGUCAACGACCUUGGUCACUCCUUCGUCAUUGAAAUCGACCCACAGAUGGAGCUGGAAAACGUUAUGGCACUACUUGAGGCCGAGUCGGGUAUUCCAGUAUCAGAGCAGCACAUAUCACACGAGGGGCGGCAUCUCAAUGACCCCAAGGCCACGAUACAACAACUAGGCGUGGCGGAUAAAGCUAUGCUAUUGUUGCGGCGCACAGUUGCUAAUCCUGCGGGAGCAGCUGUACCUCAAGACGAUGAGAUGAUGCGAUUACAAUUGCUUGGGGAUCCGUCUCUUAUGCGUGAGCUCAGAGAGACCCAACCUGAGCUAGCCCACGCAGUAGAGCAUGACCCUGCUCGCUUCUCCGAGCUCUUACGGUUGACGAAAGAACGACAAUACGAGGCCGAGCUAGCACAACAGCGGGAGAUCGCCACCUUGAACGCGGAUCCUUUCGAUGUUGAGGCUCAACGAAAGAUCGAAGAAGCUAUCAGGCAACAAGCAAUCAUGGAGAAUAUGGCUCACGCUCUAGAGUAUUCUCCGGAGAGCUUUGGGAGAGUCACGAUGCUCUACAUCCCGGUGGAGGUAAACGGCCAUAAAGUAAAGGCAUUUGUUGACAGCGGCGCACAAUUCACCAUCACUUGCGUACUAGGACAAGGCGUCGACCUACUCUUUGGCUUGGACAUGCUAAAAGCUCACCAAGCGUGUAUCGACCUGGAGAAGAAUGUACUCCGGAUACAAGGACGGGAAGUGACUUUCUUGUCUGAGCAUGAGCUUCCGGACAAAGCUAGGGAUGAGGAUGUUUUAGAGAGUACGCCUUCAUCAUCCUCUGCAUCAGGUUCUGGCUCUUCCGGUCCCAGUCAGCCUGCUGCUCGGUUCCCCGGGGGUGGAAACACUCUGGGAGGAGCCCCCCGGCCAACACCACCGCGUGCUUCUGCAUCGACGCCUCGUCAUUCAGAGGAGUACAUAAAGACAAUUAUGGAUCUUGGUGUGACAAGAGAGGUCGCAAUAAGCACUUUGGAUGCUGCUGGUGGGAACAUUGACGUCGCCGCCUCGCUGCUGUUCUAG